GUCCCGCUGCUCCCCACGACCAUGCCCGAGCCGGCCAAGUCGGCGCCCGCCCCGAAGAAGGGCUCCAAGAAGGCGGUGGCCAAGGCGCAGAAGAAAGACGGCAAGAAGCGCAAGCGCAGCCGCAAGGAGAGCUACGCGGUGUACGUGUACAAGGUGCUGAAGCAGGUGCACCCGGACACGGGCAUCUCGUCCAAGGCCAUGGGCAUCAUGAACUCGUUCGUCAACGACAUCUUCGAGCGCAUCGCGGGCGAGGCGUCGCGCCUGGCGCAUUGCAACAAGCGCUCGACCAUCACGUCCCGGGAGAUCCAGACGGCCGUGCGCCUGCUGCUGCCCGGGGAGCUGGCCAAGCACGCCGUGUCCGAGGGCACCAAGGCCGUCACCAAGUACACCAGCUCUAAGUGAGCGCACCUCAGCGGCUUAGCUCCCGCCCCAAAGGCUCUCUUCAGAGCUACUCACUUCACAGAAAUAGCUGUUGCAUUACCUCUGUAAUCUAUGUAGUUUCUCAGAAGCGUUACGGGCUGGUUUGGGAGCGGGAGGUACGUGGAGACCAGAGCAAAAUGUUAAGCUUUCCGUACGGAUUCCUGAGUAAGCACUCGGCGUAGUAUACGCCAACUUAGUGUUGGUUCUUUGAAAGACGUCCUGUGAAAGACUUGGCUUUGCCCUCUGGCACAGUAGCCAAAUUCCGCUCUUGGUGACGCUCAGUGCAAGUAAUGCUGUCAUUCUGAUCGGAAGGGCCAGUAUUUGAAAAGCCCGCUCUGCGCUGUAAAUUUGCUAUAUAAUCUAUCUGGUACGCGUUUCCAGGAAAUUCUCUGGAGGGUAAAAUUGUGACCCCUGCAUUCCUUGAGGGAAGUCACCCGGCCCUGCAGUCCGAGUCUUAAGCUCAACAUCAACGGUUCUACCUUGUGCAUCGUAUCCUGGGCUAGUCCAUGAUCAGAAAUCCUGAGGCUUGGGGACCACAUGGAUGGACCUAGAGGGUAUCAUUCUAGGUGAAAUAAGUCAGAAAGGCAAGUACAGUACCAUAUUAUA